CCACAGUGAAUAUUAUACCACAAGCAACUGCACACGGGGUUUUGAGUGUAUCGUCUUUACCCUUCUUGCGUGGUGGACAUUAUACGGCCCUCCAGCGUUUGGCUUUGAUUUCACAAGGAUAUAGCAGUUGGUUAUAUUUACUUCCACUGCAUCUGGUACUCGCCAUGACGACGUUGUUGCUGGUGGUGAUGUGUGUGUUGACAACGAAGAUGUUGUGCCAAACCAGCACGCGUUACUGUCUCCAUAGCGGUUUAGAAGUACCCGACGUCGACGUCCUCAACGCCACUGCCACGUGCGCGGCUUUGAAACCAAGGGAUUAUAUUCUUCCGCGCUUUGAUCCUGGACAGGUUGGUGACAUCACAGAAUUGAAUCUGACUUCCUGUCAAUCACAUCGGAGAAUCACUAUGGCAAGAAACCCACCUUUGUUUGAGAUCCCGGACUUCCUUACGUCAGACGAGACUGACAAACUGAUCGACCUUGCCACCGCCAAUGGCCUCACAGUCGCUCAGAUGAUCGGUCAGAAAGGGAGCAUCACUAAACAAACCGGCGACCGGACACGGAUAUCACAGACCACCUUCCUCCGACCGGACAUGGACAAUUUAUUACUCAACAUUCAACGAAGAAUAUCGUUAUUGACGGAGCUCCCAUUGGACCUCAUUGAAGAAAGCGAAUGGUAUCAGUUUGGUAGAUAUGGUGUUGGCGGCCAUUACCACUCUCACUACGACAGUUCAUUAUCCUCGCGGGAAACGCUGAUGCAGAAACCUUGCUGCUAUCAGUCAAGCCCUCCAUACACCGAAACCUCCUGCAUCAUGUGUAGGUAUAUAACAGUGAUGGUGUACCUGAAUGAUGUCGAGAAGGGAGGGGAGACAGCGUUUCCUUUAGCCGACCGUUCAACCACAGAACUCAAGGAAGAGGAUAUUGAUCUGAGUCGAUAUUGCCAAAAGUCGGCGUUGUUGGUGCGGCCGAAGAAGGGGAAGGCAGUCAUGUGGUACAACAACAUCCGGGACCCUGAGACUGGUUGGCUCGGCAUCGCCGACAAGUUUUCCCUCCAUGGCGGAUGUGACGUCAUCAAAGGAGAAAAAUGGAUAUUUAAUUCUUGGAUCAGCGCUCCGCAGUUCAACAGGAAGUUCGGCAACAGCUUCUACACUGACAGAUGGACAUGACGUCAGGGAUGGAUGUCUUCUUUCAACAAACCACAAACAACUAUAAGAAAACAUUUCAUUAACAGAAUAGUUCCAAAUAAA